AUGGCUACGAUCCCAGUUUUAAUGUUGCUGCUGGUAUGCAGCAGCCUCACCACAGCAAAAGGGAUCGACGAAAAAUCGAAAGUAUCAGAACUACUUCAGAAAGGAAUCAAAGAGGAAUCAUCAGUUAAAGGGGUAAAAAGAGGCAUUUUUUCCACUGGUCACUUUGGUGCUCCAUUAGGCCUCGGUUUGGGCGGAGGAAUUGGUUAUAGUAGCGGAAUUAGCUAUGGCGGUGGAAUUAGUUCGAUAUCAGCUGGACCCGCUGUAUCUAUUUCAUCUGGACCUGCUGUAUCUAUUUCACAUGGACCAGCUUUGGGCAUUUCUUCUGGAAUAUCUGCCGGUCCGGCAAUAUCAGUUGGAUCUGGAUACGGUAUUGGAUCUGGAUUAGCUAUUGGAUCUGGAUUAGGUGCUGGAUCUGGAAUAGCUAUUGGGUCAGCUGGCCCAGCGAUAGUGACAGGUAUUGGCGCUGGCGGAGCUAUUGGCGCUGGUGGAGCUAUUGGCGCUGGUGGAGCUAUUGCCGCUGGUGGAGCUAUUGGUGCCGGUGGAGCUAUUGGUCUUGGUGGAGCUAUUGGCGGUGGCUCAGGAAUAGCAAUCUCUGGUGGAGGUGGCGGUGGAGGUGUCCAAACAUCAGUCUCUGUUGAACCAAACCCUGUUAUCUUGCGCCAAGAAGUACCAAGAUUCGUAACCAGAACGAUCACCCGCGACGUUCAGGUGCCUGUUCCAGUGUCGGUGCCCGUACCUGUUGAUAGACAAGUACCAGUUCCAGUGCGAGUACCAUACCCAGUAGCGGUGGAUCGACCAGUCCCCGUUGUUCACAGAGUGCCAGUGGAAAUUACGCGACAGGUCCCCGUGUAUUACGAGAAAAAAGUGCCAUACCCAGUUAAAGUGCCAGUUUCGGUGCCUGUACCAUACCCAGUAACAGUAGAGAAGCAAGUUGCUGUUGACCGUCCGGUGUAUGUAGACCGUCAAGUGGCAGUACCGCAACCUGUUUACGUGGAUCGUCCAGUCAGAGUGCCAGUCCCCGUGCAAGUGGACAGGCCCGUACCCGUGCCGCAACCUGUGGUCGUAAACAGGCCCGUACCCGUGCCUCAACCCUUUGUUGUGGAAAGACGAGUCCCAGUUGCUGUAUCAGCAGGGCCUGCACUUGCAGUAGGGUUAUCCUCAGGUGUUGCCUCGGGUAUUAGUUCUGGCAUAGGUGUUGGCUCAGGCAUCGGCUUAGGCUCAGGAGUGGGCUUGGGCUUGGGCUCAGGAGUGGGCUUGAGCUACGGCUCAGGAGCGGGCUUGAGCUACGGCUCAGGAGCGGGCUUGAGCUACGGCUCAGGAGCGGGCUUGAGCUACGGCUCAGGAGCGGGCUUGAGCUAUGGCUCAGGAAUUGCCUCAGGCAUUGCCGUCGGACUAGGUUCUGGCAUCAGUUCGGGACUCAGUUCAGGAAUUCGCAUUUCCUCGGGGCUUGGAUCAGGGUAUUCUCUAGGAUAUGGUUACGGCCACGGUUUAGGCUUGUCCGGUAUUUCUUCGGGCAUCGGUCACUCGAUUGGCGUAACCAAAUUGAUCUCUAGCUACCCAAGCACUAUUGUUCACCAUAGCCACUAG